AUGGAAUCAAAAACCGCAAAAAAUGACCGGCAGACUAGAACCCGAUCCCGACAAGGCUGUGCAAACUGUCGCCGAAGCAAGGUGAAAUGCGACGAGCGAAAGCCUAUCUGCACGCGAUGUUGGGAAAAGGACCUGCAGUGCCUCAAAGACGGAAUUAAACUCAAGUGGGAGGCUGAUUUUUACAAUCGCGGAAUCGCGUUUGGGAGAUCAGGCGUCUGGAGUAAAACUCCAUCCCAAUCAACGGGUCAGGCCCGGUUACGAUCUAAUGGAGGGCCUAGAGCCCUGCCAGCUGGUACUACUUGGCUUGAGACGCCUGAAAUUCACCCCUGGAACUUUCUCAGCAAUGAUUUCUCCUUGGUUCAGCGGCUCUAUAACGAGGAUCAAAAUGAUAUCCAGCCACAUCUCCUGCCAGCUCGGGAAAGAGACACUCGGGCUUACGCGCAGAGGCCGGAUGCCCCGAGUUCGCCCUUAUCAUUUAUGCUGCCUUUCUCGGACCGAUUCUUACAGGCAGCAGGGUUUGAAAACCGGGACAUACAGCCAUGCCUUCCAUUGUUUCCCUCCCUGAACGAAUUGGGAAAUCCGAUAUUAUUCGAUUAUUACAUCAACCAGAUCUGUCCACGCACGGCGCCCAGCGCAGUCUCCAAGUCACCCUUUGCCUCUGUCAUUCUUCCAUAUUGCCUGUCGGCAACACCUACCGUCCUGAGAGCGAUUCAGGCGGUCGCGGCCUGCCAUUGGUCUCAAUAUGACUCAAAGUACAGUAGACUGGGCUUACAACUUAAGUCCAAAGUCUUGACGGAGCUGAGGCGACAGAUCACUACAGACCCACAAUCUUUGGUCGCACAAGACCCUGAAAUCCUAGUGAUUGUGAUGCUGUUAUGUCUUUUUGAAAUUGUGGAUCAUUGUGAUUGGCAGUGGAUCCUGCAUCUUCAGGGAGCGAAAGAUAUUAUUCGACUUCGAAAAAAGCAACAUAAAAUCUCUCCGGAUCCCUCCGUUCGUCGCCAAGAAGACCCUGUAUCUGCGUUUGUGGAGCUAUUCUUUGCUUUCCAAGAUGUCAUGGGACGCACAGCCUGUGCUAAGGCAGACUUGUUUGGUGCUAGCUACUGGGAUGAGAAUGACAAGUUCAUUGACGGGUGGAUGGGUUGCAGUCCAGCCCUGGUCUCGAUAUUAUUUGCAAUUAUGGAUCUCAGUCGAUCCCGACGGCUCAUGGUGUCAGAUUCGGACAAGAUGACUUUCAACAUCAAGGCCUCUUCGUUGAACACCAAGCUCCAGGAUUUAGUUCAACAAGUACACACCAAUGCUGCGGAUCAAACGCUCCAGAGCAUCGCAGACCUGAAAAAGCUCACCUGCCACGUCUAUCUUCAUUGUGCUCUAUAUGAUGGCAAGCCAGCCGACCCGAUGAUUAAGAGCCAUGUGCGAGAAAUUCUCCAAGGAAUUGUUACUCUUAUUGAGCGGGACUCGGUUUCUCAUGUCAUUUGGCCGCUUUUCGUUGCGGCCGUGGAGUUGGACCCGUUAGAUCAUGAGCUCUGGUCAGAUCCAGAGACAAGCACCGUCACAGACGGGAGGGUACUCGUGUUGAGUCUCCUCGAUAAGAUUUCCAAAGUCAGCGUUUCUAGUGUUUCUCGGACACGAUCGGUUAUCGAACAGGUCUGGCAAACUCGGGACUUCAAGGCUUCUGGGUCUAGUCGGCCACCUUCCGAUUUAAAUGACUGGGAACAUUACGUUGUACCAGUAAGCGAUGCAUUAAGUUUAGUGUGA